CAUAUGGAUGAAAUUUCUUCUUAGAAUCAAUGCAAGUUGCUAACUGAGAGUCAGAAGGUACCAGAGGCAGAUGCUGCCGCUCACAGCCAUGGUCAACCCCACUGUGUUCUUAGACAUCACCGUAGAUGGCGAGAUUUUGGGCCGCGCCUCCUUCGAGCUGUUUGCAGAUGACGUUCCAAAGACUGCAGAAAAUGUUCAUGCUCUGAGCACUGGGGAGAAAGGAUUUGGUUAUAAUGGUUCCUGCUUUCAUAGAAUUAUUCCUGGGUUUAUGUGCCAGGGUGGUGACUUUGCAUACUAUGGUGGCACUGGUGGCAAAUCCAUCUACGGGGAGAAGUUUGAUGAUGAGAACUUCAUCCUGAAGCAUACGGGUCCUGGCAUCUUGUCCAUGGCCAAUGCUGGACCCAACACAAAUGGUUCCCAGUUCUUCAUCUGCACUGCUAAAACUCAGAGGUUGGAUGGCAAGCAAGUGACAAGGUGA